AAAAGUUCGGAAAAAGUUGCCCAGACAUACUGGUUGCAGAAAAAGGAAUUUAGACAAUUACACAUCUCCAGCAAGUAGAGACUAUUAAAAUUCCUGGACUUCAUUUCUCUCAUCAUGAAGGCAACAACAGCUAUUGCUAUGGUCUUUGCUUUGUUGCUGCCUUGGAUACAUGCAACUAAAGAAGCCACAAAGAAGAACAAAAAGUCUAAAUUAUAUGUUCCUCAGAUUGACUGUGACAUCAAAGCUGCGAAGAUCAUAAAUCCAGAAUUUAUUGCUAAGUGUCCCUCAGGAUGUCAAGAUGUCAAAUAUCGAGUCUAUGGCACUGAUAUCUAUGCUUCUUUUUCCAGUAUAUGUGGUGCUGCUAUUCACAGCGGUACGAUUGACAGGUCUGGAGGGAAAAUCCUGGUUCAAAAAGUUGCUGGACAAUCUGGUUACAAGGGUAGCUUCUCUCAUGGGAUCCGAUCAUUGUCUUUACCACGAUGGAAGGAGUCCUUCAUUGUUUCAGAAGGCAAACCCAGAAAAGGUAUACAAUAUCCAUCGAGUCUUGAAUAUUCAUCUUCCAAAAGCACACCUGUUAAAGGAAGCUUACUACGGAAGGAAUAUCAGACGACUCCAGCAGCAUCAUUACCAGCGACACAAGGAGCUAUUACAACACCCAAGCCCCUGAUCAUGACAACAACAUUUGUCAGCACAACCCCAAAGCCAACACCAGUCCCAACUACCAUCGCCACAACCAUCACCACCAAAACAACAGCUGUUGUAGCUGUGAAGCCUCAGGUUGCAAUGCACAAAGUCAGGGAUAUAGGUUCUAGCAAUGUCCAUCCAGCUUACUCAUCAGUGGCAGCUGUAGCCUCAAGGCAGGUUCAGGCUGUACGAGGAAGAACACAAAAUCAAGCAUUCAGAGGCACUUCCAGCUAUGCAAGUAGCAGAACUAUUCCUCGAUCUAAUACAGGUCUUCAACGCCAAGAGCCAAUUGCUACAUUCCGGAAGCCUGCCAAUAGUCCUUCCAAUCAGGCUAUGGAAACAGACUUGCGGAAACCUGGAUCAAGCCUUUUUGACACAGGUUUCAGCUCCAAGGAAGACUUGGUCCCAAAACCUUCAGAACCAGUUUCCCAGGGAAACACAAAUUGCAAAGUUGAUUUAUCCUUCUUGAUAGAUGGGAGCUGGAGCAUUGGCAAGCGCCGUUUCCAAAUCCAAAAACAGUUCCUCAAAGAUGUAGCUCAAGCCCUGGACGUUGGCACAGCUGGCCCUCUCAUGGGCAUCAUUCAAUAUGGUGAUGAACCUUCUACUGAAUUUAACUUGAAGACCUAUGCAAAUUCCAAGGAUCUGAAAAAUGCCAUUGAGAAAAUAGUCCAGAAAGGAGGAUUAUCUAAUGUUGGGAGAGCACUGUCCUUUGUGACCAAAAACUUCUUUGAAGAUUCCAAUGGGAACCGAGGUGGUCCACCAAAUGUUGCUAUAGUGAUGGUGGAUGGAUGGCCUACGGAUAAGGUAGAAGAGGCUUCCAGGCUGGCAAGGGAAUCUGGCAUUAACAUUUUCUUUGUCACCAUUGAAGGACCAGAUGAAAAUGAAAAAAAGAAUGUCAUUGAAGCAAACUUUGUGGACAAGGCUGUAUGUAGGACCAAUGGGUACUAUUCUAUCAAUGUUCCCAGCUGGUUCAGCUUACACAAAGUAGUGCAGCCUUUAGUGAAACGGAUUUGUGACUCUGAUCGCCUGGCAUGCAGCAAGACCUGUCUAAAUGCAGCAGACAUUGGGUUCGUCAUCGAUGGAUCCAGCAGCGUCGGUACUGGUAACUUCCGUACUGUCCUCCAGUUUGUGGCCAACAUUAGCAAAGAAUUUGAGAUCUCUGAUACAGACACCCGUGUUGGAGCUGUGCAGUACACCUAUGAACAGAGGCUGGAGUUUGCCUUUGAAAAGCACGGCACUAAGCAGGAUGUCCUGAACGCCAUCAAGAGAAUCAACUAUUGGAGUGGAGGAACGAGCACCGGCGCAGCCAUCAACUAUGCCUUUGAACAUCUUUUCAGCAAAUCCAAACCCAACAAGAGGAAGAUCAUGAUUCUGAUUACUGACGGCAGAUCAUACGAUGACGUUCGGGGGCCAGCGGCAGCAGCUCAGCAAAACGGAGUCAUAGCCUAUUCAGUAGGAAUUGCAUGGGCUGCCCAAGAUGAACUGGAAGCCAUUGCAACCGACCCAGAUAAAGAGCACUCCUUCUUUGUGGACGAAUUCGACAGCCUCUACAGAUUCGUUCCCAGGAUCAUUCAGAAUAUUUGUACGGAGUUCAACUCACAGCCACGGAACUGAUUGGUUCAGCAUUUCCACUAAACGCUGCAUCACUGAAUAUUACAUGAAACGUAACACAAAAAGUUAGGCAAGCAAUGCCAGCCAAGAGUUUGAAAGGCAUUUCCAGCUAAGAGACUAUUUCAGCUCUAUUUUCCAUGCAUGGCAGUAACGGACGUAGACUGAUGCAUUUAUUUCCCCCCCUCUGCUGGUUUCAAGACUGAUUUGAUAGUGAAUCAACUAUGAUCCUUGGUUAGAUAAAUUCAGUUGACUCAAACGCAUAGUUUGGAAUUAACUUCCCCAUAGAACAGGUGAAGAAUAGUUCUUAAGAUUGCAACUCAGAUGCACUGGACUUAAACCAUGGGGGUGCCAGAGACGGCAUUCGUUUGGACAUGUUCUGUUAUGACUCCCCAGUGAUGGAGAGGGGAGCAAGUGGCUAACCUAGAGGUGGCUUUCAAAUAUUGCACAGCACUUUGGAUCCUGGCCUUUAAUUAGAGCUGCUGGCAGACUUGAGUGGAUAGGGAGCAAGCAAAGAACAACCAUUAUCAAGGCAGGCAGGAUUUGGUCUAGAAAAAUGUAAUGGCUAAUAAUGGAGUUGCAGUGUGGCAUUCCUAGCAGCUGCACACCUGCAUACGUUAGAUUGUUGUGCAUUUUGUACUGAUAUAAGUAUGUGGAAGUGUUGGGCGAUUUUUUGCUUGCCUAUGAAAUAAUCACACCUCCCAGGGUGUUUUGCCAAGAGUGGCUGCAAUACCAGCCACACACUGAGUCUGAAACCUGGCACCAAAGGGCAGGGCAGCAAAAACAAGGUACUUAUCAAUCUCCUUCUUGCCUUCUCAAAAAGUAGGCCCAGAGAUGAGCAUCCUGCAAUCCUAAUUCAAUGACAUAACAUCCACUGAGAAGGCAGAUAUCCUACCCUUCAACCUCUUCUGCAGAUAUUUUAGUAGACAAGCCUUAAUGUAGAGAGGGUCUAUGGUUUUUACUGAUACUACUAAGGUUGUGUUCAGAUGCAUCUAUGUGCUUAAUAAUUUCAUUUUUAAUAAUGGUUUCCACCAAUUUAGUUGGAACAGAUGUUAACCUAACAAGCCUGUAAUUUCCUGGAUCCCCCGGGCCUCUUUUUUUAAUGGGUGUUAAAUUGGCUACUUGCCAGUCCUCAGGUACAAAGGCUAUUCUUGAGGACAAGUUACAUAUUUUUGCUAGAUGACAGGUAAUUUCACAUUAAGAAUUCUUGGGUAGAUACCAUCCAGACCUGGUGAUUUGUUACUUUUUAUUUUGCCGCUAAGGCCUACCAUUUCAUCUGUCACCACUAUUUGCCUCAGUUCUUCAGGCUCCCUUCCUUGAGUAUCUGCCCUACAUCUUCCAUAGCGAAGACAGAUGCAAAGUAUUCAUUUGCUGAAUACUAAAACAUCUCUGCAAAGGUUUGUGGAUGAAACAUGAUCUUGUAAGUCUCCAUAUAAUGUCCCCUCCUUAUGCACAUGUAUAUUUGAAAAGGAAGCAGAGCUCCUUUUCUAAUACUUAAAGAGCUUUUCAUAAGUUGCUGUAUCUUUUGCAAUAAAAUUUACAAAAAAGUGUAUUAGACCUUGUUUUGACUCUAAAUGUGUGACUCUACAUCCAAAACUUUUAAUAUGUAAGGAACGUUAUGGGCUUCCGAAUGUAGCUCUUACCGUACAGUCGCCCUGCCUCAUUCACCAAACUUUUUUGGGGGGGAGAGGGGGAAGGUGGUCCAUACAACAUUAUCUCCCCAUUGUAAUUCUCCCAUGUUUUCCCAUCGCUUCUUCCACCUUCUUUCAUAUCACAGAAAACCCAUUAAGGAGGGAACGACAGAAUACCUGCACAACGUAUUUUGAUUGUUAGCACUAGGAACCAUCCACACCAAGAGGCCCCCCUCAUCCCUUUGGAAAGGCAGUUCUGAAAACUAAGCCUGUAUACAAUUCUACCUUUGGAAGAUGCCAGGGAUCGGACCUUGUAUUUACAGCAUGAGGUCAACUACUAAGCUAUGGACCCCCACCAAAUUAACAUAUGAUUAGUUUGCUUUUAAAUAGCUGCUGUUAUUCUUCUAACUGGAGAAGAUAUCGUGCCUUCCCUUAGCUCUGCAAUACUUUUACAGCUUAACAGUGGGAAUAGACUAGUGGCAGAACAUGACUGCAUGGUAAUUGAUAGCUAAUGUGGU